AUGGCCACGGAAACGUUUGAGACCAACGGCGUUCGGAUCGCCGUUGAGGGAUGCGGCCACGGCACCCUCAAUGCCAUUUACGCCGCCGUUGAGGCCUCCUGCACGGCCCGCGGCUGGGACGGCGUCGACCUCCUCAUCAUCGGCGGCGACUUCCAAGCCGCUCGCAACGCCGCCGACCUCACCGUCAUGUCCGUCCCCGCAAAGUACCGCGAGCUCGGCGACUUUUGGGAGUAUUACGCCGGUCGCCGCACCGCGCCGUACCUAACCGUCUUCGCGGGCGGCAACCACGAGGCCGCCAGCCACAUGUGGGAGCUAUUUUACGGCGGCUGGGCGGCGCCCAACAUUUACUACCUCGGCGCCGCCAACGUUCUGCGCCUGGGACCGCUGCGCAUCGCGGGCAUGAGCGGCAUCUGGAAGGGCUUCGACUACCGCAAGGGCCACCACGAGAGGCUCCCAAUGGGCCCGGACGAGAUCAAGAGCUUCUACCACGUCAGGGAGGUGGAUGUGAGGAAAUUACUGUUGCUCAGGGAGCAGGUCGAUGUCGGGAUCAGCCACGACUGGCCAAGAGCUAUAGAGAGGUGGGGUGACGAAAGGGCAUUGUGGAGGAUGAAGCCGGAUUUUGAGAGGGAAUCAAAGGAUGGUACGCUGGGCAACGUUGCGGCGGAGUAUGUUUGUGAUCGGCUCAGACCACCGUACUGGUUCUCUGCGCACUUGCACUGCAAGUUUGCGGCGUUGAAGAUUUAUAAGGAUGAUGGAGCGACUAUGGAGGAGACGGCCUUGGAUGGAGCUGCGGCUCCCGCUCCGGCCUCCGCACACGAGUUGGUUCAAGCGCCGGAUAACCCUGACGAGAUCGACCUAGACGGGGACGAAGAAAUCACGGACGCUUCCGCCAUUCAAGCGUCAGCAGAAAAGAAUCCAAACGAAAUCAAUCUCGACGACGACGACGACGACGAAGAGCAGCCUGCCGCACUUGCGCUGCCGCAGGCCAGCAAAGAAGAAGCUCCCAACAACAAAACCUCCGUCCCUGAAGACAUCCGCGCCCAGCUCCCUGCCUCCUUCGCCAGACCCCAACACCAGCCCAAGAAGACACCAGGCCAGCCCGUUCCGCCGACCAUCACGAACAAGCAGGUCAACUUCCUCGCCCUCGACAAGUGCCUCCCCCGCCGCCACUUCCUCCAGCUCCUCGAAGCGCACCCCCACAACGUCCUGCCCGCCGAUCAGCCCGCGCCGACGCGGCCCUUCCGCCUGCAGUAUGACCCCGAAUGGCUCGCCAUCACGCGCGUCUUCCACUCCACGCUCGCGAUCGGCGACAACGCGGCGUCGGGGCACCCGAGCCCGGACCUGGGCGAAGAGCACUACGCGCCGCUCAUCGACACCGAACGCCGCUGGGUCGAGGAGAACGUCGUGAAGAAGGGCAGGCUCGACGUCCCGCUCAAUUUUGAGAUCACGGCGCCGCCCCAUGUGGAGGGCGAGCCCGAGUCUGUGCCGCACCAGCCGUUCGAGUACACCAACCCGCAGACGUCGGCGUACUGCGCGCUCUUGGAGGUUGGGAACCUGUGGGAUGCUAGCGAGGAGGAGAGGAUGGAGAGGAAAGCGAGAGGCCCGCCGGCUGGGGAGUUCCGGGGGCAUCGUGGCGGUGGUCGGGGCUUCCACAGAGGUGGUGGACGCGGUGGUAGGGGCAGGGGUAGGGGACGCGGCAGAGGCAGAGGUUGGCACUGA